UUUUUUUUUCUUUUUAUUAAUAUCAUCAUAUAUACUUUAUAUAUAUAUAUAUAUAUAUAAUAUUAACGAAUGUCCAUUAGUCCUGCCCAGCAAACGGUAGCUGACUAUUUUUUUGUCACUGGUCUUCGUGAUAUUGACUUGUUAACAACAUACAAUUCGGUGAAAAAUGGGCAAACAGCUGAUAAUGAAGCCGCAUAUUACAACAAUCAAGAAUCAAGUGCUGCAGCUACUUUAUCAAUAGAGAAUGUAACAUCAGAAAGAAUAAAAACACCACCAACUCCUAUGACUAGAAUAUCAACAGAUACAACUGAAGAUCCGGAUAUAUUAUCAAAUACUCAUGGUCGUAAAAGAGGUCAAAGUCUUCCUCUUUUACCUAGUAUUACUUCCUCUAAUCAACAAGAAGAUUCUCUUACAGGUAUGAUGGAUCAAGUACAGGCCGUUAUUGAUCACUUUGGAAAAGAACGUGAUUAUGCAAGAGGAAAUGUCAUUGCCAUUCCUAGUCCUCCUUCUACUGAUACUUCAAGCAUUGCUUCAUGGGAACGUUCAAGACGAGCAAGUGUCAAUACAGUUUAUUCAAAUAAAACAAAACGAUCCUCUUUAUAUGACACAGCUUGGCAACAUGGAAAAGAUACUGUGAAACGUACUUAUAAACAACGACGACAAAGACAAUAUUCAAUGUCACAUACUUCCACUGAUGGUACUGAACGACAAAAAGUGGCUUUACCAACGAUGGACGAUAAUGAUCAGCCUACUAUCCCUCAUCUAUUGGAUGUCAAGUAUCCUCCUACUGUUCUUACUCGGUAUCCUUAUCAAGAUGUUUGUAUUCCUUUCCCUUCUUAUCUAUCUAUGUUUUCUUUUCCCCACGAUAUUUCUUUACAUUAUGGCGAUGAACCUCCACCGGAAAGAAUUCAUUCUUUUGCAAUGACUGACGAUUCUGGAUCAACUCGAUAUGGAACUUGUUGUGUGUUUUAUGAACCUUUGCCUGAUACCUUAUUUGAACCUGUGAAUGAAGCGCUUCAAAAUUGGGUGGAUAAAUCUACGACGACAAGCACAGUGGAAUAUGCAAAACAUCUGGAAGAGAAAAUCGUGCAUGAACAAAUUCAACUUCAAAGACUUAAUUCGGAAUUGGCAUCAUAUACCACCAAAUCAACAACUACAGAGACUUUGGAACAACGUAGUGAAUUGGAAGAACAAGUGCGAAUGUCACGGGAAAGUUUGACCUUAUAUACCGAAUUAUUUGAACCCGUCAAAUUGGCUAUCUGUACAGCAAAACAGAUUUGGGUACCAAAAAGCGUAGGCGUGCUAGGUCGGAUGCCGUGGCUGGAAUUCUAUAGCGAUUGGAUUAAGAUCUUAUUGGAUUCUGUGGUGGGUGUUCGUGGGAGGAAAAAUAAGGAUGUUUCUAUCGAUGUUGGAAGUGCUGUAGCCAACUUGAUCCAUAAAGUACCUUCUCCUCCUCCUGGAAGGUUUGAAAUUGGACUUAGUAUCAAUGAUCGAUCCCUCUUUAUAUCAAGACCUGCUAUGAAUGAAGUACCCUUAUUGAAAAACUUCUCUUUGUAUCCUGUGUUUCGCGCCUUAUCACCCCAUUUGAUUCUAGUUAUAUUGGAGACUUUGCUAGCUGAAGGAAAAGUGAUUUUCUUGUCUCAACAUUGCGGUAUGCUCUCAUUGGCCUGUGAAUCCUUUCGAUACUUAUUGUUUCCAUUCUACUGGCAAUUUGUCUUUAUACCCGUGCUUCCAGAAAGACUCCUAAACUGUCUUCAAGCACCUGUACCUUACAUUGUUGGUUUCCAAGGUGAUAUGAAUGAUAUUGAUGACUUUGUUCCUGAAGAUGCCUGUGUUGUGAAUCUUGAUAGUAAUACCAUUCAUCAAAGUACACGUGUCCCUAUGCUACCAGAACGACAAAGAAGAAAACUUCAAGCAUCCAUAGAACAACAUUGUCCAUUACAUAAUCGGUGUCGUGUCCCUUAUGGUGUCCCUUUAUCUGUGCAAGUUGCAUUUCCUAAUGGUCGAUUAUUGUUAUCAUGUAACAGGUCUAAACUUCAAGAUGUAUUUGAAACACCGGCUUCAAGGAAUAGGAUGUCAGAAAGUAGUUCUGAUUCGAGUUCACUAUGGUCAAAUUCCAAGAUGAGUUGGCAAAUACCUCGAUCAUCUGCAUUAUGGAAUAGUGCUACUAGUGGACGAAACUCUUAUGGGUCAUUUCAAUCAACCUCCAUGUCAAGUAAUGAUCUUUCAGAACAAUCUAUGCCGCAACUUCCAAGUUUUGCCAAGUUGGCUAUCAAUCCUCAAGCUAUAUCGUCGCCAUCAUCAUCGUCAUUACAUAGUCCUUCAGCAUCCCCUAUCAGCCCUACUCAGGCGAGUGCUAUCAAUAAUAGGACUCAACAACAACGAUCCUCUAUGCCAGCAACACCAAAAAUGACUCAGUCUCAAUCUCUAGGUCAAAACAAAGAAUAUGCUAAUUCACCUUUAUACAAAAAUCAGAAUCGUAUGUCUGAACCACCACCACUAAGAAAAUCGACUCCUAUGGAUGAUGAUAAUACAAUAACUCCAGAGGGGAAUUCCAAAGGUCAAUCAUCCGGAACUAUGUCCAAGCCAAGAGCGACAUUCCAGUAUACACCUGAACAACAUCAUGUAUCUAUGUCAUCCGGAUAUCCAGCAUCAAUAUCAUCUUCCAGUACUACAGACACAUCUGCAAGUACAGGGAUUAAUUAUGGAUUAAACGGAAACUACGGUCAAUCUUAUCACGGAGCGCCGCGUGAAAUAUCUAGACACAUCAAACAUAUUGAGGGACAUGUUAUGGUGACACUCUUACCGCAAGAACUUGACUCCUUUCAAGGUUUUCGAUGUAUUUGUGGAAAACAUGUGGAUCAGGAAACACCGAUUCAGGAACUUUAUAGGAUUUGUCAAGAUUGUCACUUGGUUACGCACGACUCUUGUACAGAUGAUAUCCUUCACCCAUGUCUUCCAGCUUGUUUUGAUGAAACAAAAAUCCAAGAUUCGUUAUUACGCAUGUUUGCAUCACUCUUAUAUGGUUAUCGAUCAGGCUUUAUGGAUCCAGCGGAGCAUCCAAUUACCAACAAAACAUCUGUACUAACCAACAAUGAUGGCACUGGACAUCAUCAUCUUCGAAAAUCCACAUAUUUUUCCAAGGAUACCUUCUUGAAGCAUUCCGACAAAGACACUAGGGAUUUUCUUUCAACAUUGACAGGCUCACAAAUGUUUACACAAUUCAUCACUGAUCGACUUAGCAAACCCAAAAACGACCCAGAAAUUUUAAUGUUUGACGAAUUUAUCAAAUUGAAAUUGAAUCGAUCGAAACUCAAAUUUGUAAAAGAAGAUACACCAUUCCUAAACGAUGAUUCUUAUAGAGUAUCCCAAGUCAUUUGGACAACGCCACCUGAAAGCCAACCUGAUCGUAUUUAUGACCGGUUUCCUAUUGAUUUCUCCAUAAUAAGUUAGACUUUUUGUAUAUACAUGAUCUCGGUGGAGAUGAAUUUUUUUUUUAUUGUUAUCCCUAUUCAUUGUUAGUUUAGAUUUCUACUUUAUUUACUUUUUACCUUUUGUUUUUAUUCCUCCUUUCCUUUGUUUCUCCUAAUAUCAUUCCUUGUUUUGCCUUUUUUCGGUCUUGGACCCUUUUUUUUUUAUAUACAAUCAUUAAAACAUCUUUUGUUUGCUAU